AUGAGCGAGGAGGAAAAAGAUACAACAGGCCAUGAUCCGGAUCCGUCCACUUCCAAAUACUCUGAAGAAUCUACCUCAUCACGGUCAUCGAGCCGUUCGAAGCUUUCGGCAAGUCCGAUAUGUCUCGAAGAACAACGGGUACAGUUGAAACUAGCAAGUCCACUUGGUGGUGAACCACUUACUUUCUUGUGGCCAUUACGAGAAGUGUCUGGCUAUAGUGAAGGUCAAGAAAUUCUAGAUGUUGUAAGGAAUGCGCUUUCAUCAUUUCCUGAGCUUAAUUUCAUUUUAAGACAGCAUUGCGGGAUGAACCUUGAUACAAUUGAUAAGAGGAACUUUCAACAAAUGUCGGCAUUAUUAGAUGCUUUCAACAAAACUUGCCCCACAUUUACUCAGCUGUGGAAAGGUGCAACGAAACCAGGUGGCGAGAUUUGGUCAGCCGAACGAGCAAAUCCAGUGCUGUUAAGGCAGAUCUGUACCAGAGCAUACAAUCGUGCUGUAGACAAUGUGCAUCUUUUAAAUAAUCACUAUAAAGCGUUCUCAUCACAAACCUAUGGUGAAACAUCAUUUGAUCGAAUGCAAAUGAUCAUUCAAGAAAUUGUGCCAAAGGAUCGAGAUGUUUUCGUUGAUCUUGGAAGUGGAGUUGGUCAGUUAGUCAUUCACAUGGCCGGCGGUUCUAAAAUACGAAAAGCAGUUGGUAUAGAAAUUGCCUCAUUGCCGAAUCGUUAUGCGCAAAAUCUUUCUGUCGAAUUCAAAAAGUGGAUGAAGUGGUAUGGAAAGAAAUUUAGACCGUUUGAAUUACACAAAGGAGAUUUCUUAGAUGAAAAAUUUCGAGAUCUGAUUACCAAAGAAGCAACAAUUAUUCUGAUCAAUAACUUUGCAUUUACAGCGGAACUGGAAACUCGUAUAAAAAGAGAGCUUUUGAGUGAACUUAAAGAUGGAACACGGAUCAUUUCAACUAAACCUUAUGGCCUACCAAAUCGAACGAUCACAGAUAGACACUUGAAUGAUAUAUCAGCAAUUUUGGACGUUUUCGAAAUGGCACAGUGUGAGAAUGCUUGCUCUUGGACAAGUAAUUAUGUUGCAUACUACCAUCAUGUCAUCAAUCGAGCUAAAUUAGAAAAGUAUUUCCUCUCGCAACGAAAUCCCUCAUUGAAACAACACAACAGUUCGGAUGGUAGUAGACGAUCAUCAACAUCAAGUAAAACAUCGCGCGAUAGUUUUCGGUGCUGGAGCAGAGAAUCUAGUGCAUCGUUACCGAAUAAUCUUUCUGGUACACUGGGUGGUCGCCGUGGUGCUACACCAACAGUUGGUCGAAGUCGUACACCAACUUAUCAUGAUCGAAGUCCAACACCACUUAGUAGGAAUAACAAACGUCCGAAUUCGGAUCUUUCAGAUGAUGAUGAUUAUGCAACCGGUCCAACGACGCGUCGCAAAUGGCAAGAAUAUUGUUCGACGAAAACGAAAAGUCAACGUACGACUGCAACGGCUUCAACAGAGAAUGCUUUAUCAGUUCGUAGUUCAAAAUGGCCAAUGCCGGAUUAUGAUUAUGCUCCAUCGAGAAAAAUUCGUAAAACUGGACAGCGUGGACGACCUCGUAAAAUACCUGCUACUGGCAAGACCUUCGCUGAUGAUGAAACACGGGAGACAAUCGAUUUGAUGCAUCGUAUGACUUGUACAGCAGCCGCUCAUACUGCAUCACCUGUGCGUGAUCCAUCGCUGGUUUAUGUAUCAGAUAUUUCGCGUCCAGAAGAGAUGGAUCGAGCAGUGGGUGAUGAUGCUGCUAUUGCAACAAUAGAAAAUAAACCUGAAUUAUUAUUGCAGCAGAGUAAAUAUCCGGCACUAAAUCAGAUGUUAGAAUCAAUGCGCAUCAUGUUUGAAGCGCAGUUGGAAAAAAUGAAGGCGGAAAACUUCGCAGAUGAUGUCAGAGCUCAAAUUGAACUGCAGAAGUCAUACCGAAAUUUGUUGCGAUCUCGAAUUGAUGCUAUAACAAAGCAAAUAACAAAUCUGCGUUCAUCUGGUAUGAACUGUUUUUAUGCACGAAUUGAAGAGCUAGGUAUUGAAGCGUCGACACCAAGUUUGUUACUGGAAAAUGCUAAAGAAAUUGUUGCACAUCACAAAAAAAUUACGGCAGAAUGUGCAGCUCUGGAAAGUGAAAUAACUGCAUUAGAAAUGUCUAAUCAGCAGUUGGAAAUUAAAGUGCGUCGGCGGGAAGAAUUAGAAUCUGCAAAAAAUGUGAAUAAUACUGCCGCCCUUUCAAAUAGCAACACUCAAUUUUUAAAUUCGCUUUGUACUGCCAAUUCUCUGGUGCUUGCUGAAAACUUUCAAGUUCUGACUACACAUAACAAAAAUUUAUUGAAUCGAGUGGCGCAACUUGCAGAUAAGAAUGAUACUGUUGGAAACACCACCGUAGAUGCCAGUAACCAUGGAGCAUCAGCACAAGACGGCCUCAUGUCACCGCAGUCGGAUAGUGCUAUUCUGACAUUUUCAUCCGCUCCAGGUGGUUUCGGACAGCAGUCUUCUACUCAGUCUACCUUAACAUCCCUAUCUGUUGGCGCCACUCCAUUAAAGCGUUCCCGACAGCGACAGAUCCGAAACGGCGUCGCUAAAAAACCACUUUCUGGGUCCAACAAGCAGCCUAGUGAUCCGAAAGAGGAUGAGGAAAUGGAGCGGAAAAUUCAAGAUAUUGUUGCCAAAGCCUUAGAAGUUGACAGUGCAGCGAAAUGUGCGGAAAAAGAACGGCGAGCAAGGGGUGAAAAACGUAAAGAAAAGAGUAUAAUAGCAGGAACUGUACGUUCGGUAGCUGACAUAACACUGCCUUCUGUAACCAUUUUGUCAUUACCCGAAAAACCUUCCUCACUCUCUUAUGUUCCUGCAUCUACAGCUAUAACAACCGAAAGUGAAGUCCGAAUUUCGUGUCCCGCUUCCUACACAUUAACAAAAAAUAUUGAAUCCGCCGACAGUAUCAGGUCUUCUGUUGAUGAGUAA